CUCCAAAUGACGCCCAACUCUAUAGCGCGUAAUGUGUGGGAACUGCGUAUCGUGCCCAGCCGUUACAAGCGUCAUACGGCAAGGCCAUGAUGGCAUGACAUGAUCCGACUCCGACGCGGGCUCGCGGAUGAACUCAUCGGCCCUGCUUCCGUCUGGCAUAUAUUCCAUCCCAUCCUAUUCCAUACCACUGGAUCACUGGCUCUUCUCAGUGCUUUCUUGCAUCGCUCGUAAAGUGUUAGUAUUUUAUUCUUUUUUGGUUCCAAACCCAAAAGCCCGCAUCAGCAUCCCUCACUGCUUUGGCUUUAACAAUGGCGUCUCGUUCUAUCUACGACCCAAUGGCCGCUCUAGCCGUCGCCCCAUUGAUUUCAUCCAGCUGCACCCUAUGGUUUGCCUGGGACCAGACCCUUUUCCUCCGGAUAUUCAAUCAUGACGAAAACCGUUCCAAGUCCAAUGAAAUCCUGUCAGGCUAUUGGAAGGCCUUCUUGCCGGCUAGCCUUCCGCGCGUGGUUGGACUUCUCGGUCUUACUUUCUGGGGUGUGGUCGGGAAUUAUUACUGGCGCCAUGACUCGUUAGUUUCGAAUCAGUCACUGAAAUGGUAUAUAGGCGGCGCAGCCCUUUCAGCAAGCCAUUUACUAUUUACACCUCUGGUCGUCCCCCGCAUUCAGACGCUGAUUGAUGACGACCGGUCCAAGAUGCAGCCCUCGAAAGUGUUGGAUGAAUGGCUAAGCAUUCAUGCGCUGCGUACGUGGACAGUUGAUGUGGCAGCAUGGGCAUGUAUUGCAGUCGCUGUCAUGAGAAACAUAACAGUUUAAACCUGAUUUUCACGACGUUGGCUAUGCCCAUGCAAACUGCUAUGAAGAACACUGGCUCAAACCUUUUGCAAUUGAUCUAUUUACCAGAAGAUAUGUCAUAAAUGACAUACGCACAUAUUUAAUUUGCAUCGGUUAUGGAUGGGGGCUUAUCCUUUCCAUUUUCAUCAACCCUGUAGGAUUGCCAUAAUGUUGUUCCUUCGUUUUUACAGUACCCAGCUGUAGGCUUUGACGCUCGUCAUAAUGCAUUUGUUUCCCACGAAUUUUCAACAAUAAAAAGGUGAACCGUCUCUUACAGGAAAGAUAUCAGU